AUGGUCCUGCCGGUAGAAGAAACGAAGAGCAUUGUGGACUCGGUAUUUGGGACCGCGGCGGUGACACUGUUCCGAGUUGCACAGGGCAUGGGUUGGGUGCAGCGACCAGGUGAGAAGUGGGAAAAGUACUCCGUGGAGACAAACUCGGAUAGGAGCAACGUAAUCGUCGGGACUCUGGUGGGGUUGUUCGUCUCCAACCUCGUCUUCUCCGCCGCAUGCCUCCUUCGCCUUGAUUUCGCAUCCAUCGAGGCUCUACACGGAGCCGUGUGCGCUUUUCUCUACGCCGCCACGGGGGGCAAUCUCAUCGACAGCGCGAGAUCCUCUGAUUCGCGCAAUGGGAAGAAUUUCGUCUUCGCUUCCGGUGUCGUUUGUCUCCUGCUCGGCUUCUCUUAUGUCGCGGUUGUCUUAAUGUAUCAGAAAGGAAGGACGUGCUUAGUCAUCAUCGACAUAGAGAACGAUGAUAGCCACAUCCCUAUUAGUAUAGUUGAAGUCAGAGUGAGAAAGAUGGUCACGACAGUCCAGACGAAACUAGGUGCCAGCUGUAAUUGGUGGACAAGCAUACUGGGGAUCGUUGCGCUGAUGCUUUUUCGGGCCGCACAAGAUGCGCGUUGGGACCAAGCGGCAGAACAAUCGGGAAGGACCUUCUAUGCGGGAUACCCAGCCCGACCUUCCAACGCCGAACCGACAACUAAACUAAACUUCGAUGAGGGUAAUAUAAUCGUCGGAACGGUGGUGGGGUUAUUCCUCUCCACCAUCAUCAUCUCUCUCGGCCGCAGCACCGAUAACGAUCUCGAAUUCACCGUAGGUUUUCAUCAACUUGUGAGUGCCGUGUUCUACAUGACCACAGGAAGUAUUCUCAUCGACAAUGCGAGAACUGCCGAAUCGUUCAAAGGAAUGGAUUUUCUCCUCGCUUCUGGAAUCGUUUGUCUCGUCCUCGGCCUCGUCUAUCUCAAGGCACCGACUGUGGCAUCACAAGAUGAGCCGGGCAACCCGGAACAGGCCCAAGAAAUUAGGGAUAACUAA